CUUUAUAUUUGCACACUUCCCACCAGUACACACCAGAAUAUAUCAUUUUCAUCCUACUUUCAUCGUCAAUCACUGCAGAUUGAAUCGAACCAGCAACGCAUGCGCCUCGCAAGGACUGCCGUGCCAAAUGGGAUCCAAGAACAGAACCGCCUCUGGCAUCCACGAUGACCUCGGCCCUCAGCCGUGCAAGAAGAAGGCCCGAUUACACAGCCCCGAUAACACCUGGCAGUGUGAUCCUCACAGUUCCAAUGAGAAUAAGUCCCUGGCCAACGCCGAUGAGCGCACUCUGCACCGUCAGACGAAGGGGUCCAAGCAGGGCCACAAGAGAGACGGCUCCAAGCCCAGAGAGGACCGAGACCAGCUGAAGCUCCCCAAGCUGGUGUCAUUGAAGCCCGACAAUGAGGAUCUACUAAGCAUUACCGACGAAGCCGCUUACGACGCAGAUGACGAAAGCGAAAUCAAGCACAUCACAGCACACAGCUACCGUCAGACCAAAAGGCCUCAGCGCAUGACUUGUGACCGCUGCCGCCUGGCAGAGACGGAUCUCAAUCACCAGGCUCCAUCUCGACAGACCCUUGACUCAAUCAUGGAUUGGGACCCUUUCCUCGAGCCCCUGCCGACCAUUCAAGAAGAAUCUCGUUUCUCUGGGUAUCUUGUGAAGGACGACCGAGUCUGGUCUAAUUAUGCCGAUAUAUCACACGGCUUUCGCUCCAACUAGUUGGGACCUCUUACCACCAUUUAUAAGCCCUGCCCGAGUCAUUGUGACCAG